AUGCCGGUCAAAUCGCGAUUCAACAAGCUCGACGCCUUUACCAAGACGGUCGAGGAUGCGCGCGUACGUACAACGUCUGGUGGGAUCGUCACAAUCGCCAGCUUGCUGGUAAUCUUCUGGUUGUCAUGGGGCGAGUGGGCAGACUACAGGAGAGUGACUGUGAGACCGGAACUCAUGGUGGACAAGGGCAGAGGAGAGCGCAUGGAGAUUGCCAUGAACGUGUCGUUUCCGCGAAUCCCGUGUGAACUGCUCACGCUCGACGUCAUGGAUGUGUCUGGGGAGUUGCAAAUGGGUGUCACGCAUGGUAUCAACAAGGUGCGAUUGAGUCCCGAGGCCGACGGCAGCAAGGUGAUUGAAACCAAGGCUUUGGAUCUGCACGCCGAUGAGGCCUCACAUUUGGCCCCCGACUACUGUGGCCAAUGUUAUGGCGCACCUCCCCCCACCAACGCAAAAAAGCCCAACUGCUGCAACACCUGCGACGAAGUCCGCGACGCCUACGCCUCGAUAUCAUGGUCUUUCGGCCGCGGUGAAGGCGUAGAACAAUGCGAACGCGAACACUAUGCUGAACACCUCGACCAACAACGUCAGGAAGGAUGUCGCCUGGAAGGUAGUAUCAAGGUCAACAAGGUUGUGGGCAACUUCCACUUCGCGCCCGGAAAGUCCUUCUCCAACGGCAACCUUCACGUGCACGACCUGGAGAACUACUUCAAGGACGAUUACGCGCAUACAUUUACCCACCGUAUCCACCAACUCCGCUUUGGCCCUCAACUUAGCGACGUUGUGGUCCGGGACAUGCAGAAGAAGCAUUUGGAUUCUGGUCAUAACGGAUGGUCGAACCAUCACGUCAACCCUCUUGACAACACCGUGCAGCAUACCGAUGAGAAGGCAUACAACUACAUGUACUUCAUCAAGGUCGUAUCCACUGCAUACCUGCCACUUGGCUGGGAACAGGAGUUUCCCCAUCCUUCCAAGUACAGCGACAUCUUGGGUACCACUAUCGACGAAUCAUACAAGGGUAGUAUCGAGACACAUCAGUACUCUGUUACGAGUCACAAGCGCAGUCUGCAGGGUGGUACCGACGAGAAGGAUGGGCACAAAGAGAGGAUCCAUGCUAGGGGCGGUAUCCCAGGUGUAUUCUUCUCAUAUGACAUCUCACCCAUGAAGGUGGUCAACCGCGAAGUGCGCGAAAAGUCCUUUUCGGGAUUCCUGGUGGGUCUCUGCGCCGUCAUCGGCGGUACGCUUACCGUUGCCGCGGCCAUUGACCGCGCGUUGUACGAGGGCGUAAAUCGCAUCAAGAAGAGCCACGCGCAGUAAGUGUAAGUAAGUAGCGGUCAUGCAGACCAAAUCAUCCCAAAGGAAAAAAACAAACGGGAAUGUGGAUAUGGUUCGGUUCUUGUGGUGUUGGUGCAUUUUGUAGUCAGGAGUUUGGGCGUCGCAUAAAGGUCACGCGACCGGAUCUGUGUCGGCGCAGAGUGGUGAUGAAGGCGGGUUCGGCAUGUAUGUUUAUAGAUGGAAUAUUGAAUA